AUGGGCUCCAAGAAUGAGGCAAGUGAGAUUUUGAAUCCCACUGAGGCGCUCCUGGGCAGACAGGCUCGGUUUCCAGAAGGAAUAGAUUGUCCCUCCCUUGGUGAAAUAUUUUCUGAAUUGGCGCAAUUGCCGCCAUCACUAGACAUUUCUCAAGCUGAAUCAAUGUCACUUGAUGAGCAAGAGGCUUUAUUUCACUCCAUACAGGACGCCCUUUCGAAGGCAGAGAGUGGCGGCGAUGUGGGGUUCUUUGAAGACGCAUCGAACGCUCUAAAAACGCUAUGGGGCUGUAGAUCUAACUAUUUGGUACAAGCUACAGAAGCCUUGGCAAAUGGAAGCAGAAAUCCCUUGUUUCGGUCUGCGUACGGCCAAGCGGGAAUUUUAAGUUUCUUUCUUCAGCUGAUAGCCUCAAGAGAGACUACUGACACUGGCCUGAUCCUCCAUUCUUUGCGGUUGGUUGGAAACUCUUGUGCUGAUACAGACGAGAACCGCGCAAUUGUGGUGAAAGACAACUAUACAUUUGCCAUCCUGCGGCGCCUCCUGAACCCGGGACUCAUCCAGGUGGUGAUUCCAGUUAUAUAUAAUUUGUGCAUUGAUUAUGAACCCGCCCAGUCCCAGCUAGCAGCCAACCAAAUAGUAUACAUCCUCCUGAAGUUGGUGGAAGAUGAUGGAUUUGGAGAUAACGAAGCCCUACUAGACUAUGUUUACGAGCUAAUAGAAUUGGUGGGCGAGCAAGAACAAGGAAUUGAAAGCUCCCCGGAAGGGACGAUUCCACUUCUUAUAGCCGUUGCCCUGAAUACGAGGUCUAAAUCUACGAUCUCUCAAUUUUGUUGCCUUACAAACUGUCUUGCGGCGUAUUUGGAAAAGGAACGAUUCCAAACUAUCUGUGUAUCAAAGCUCAUGGUGGCGGACGUCCUUUUAGUGCUCCGCCACUCACAGUCUCUCAAUCCUGAGAUCUCUUCUACCGAAGAAAGCCAAGCUGUAACACAGUCACGAUUAAAGAUCAAUCAAGCACUGUCUGAAGUUUCCGCCUCACCGUUAUUUGCAGAGCGCUACCCGCUAGACUCCCCGCUCGCGGAGAUGCUGAAAUCCUGGCUCGCCACCACAAAGGACCAGCUUCAAAUAUGCGCCUGCAUCAUGCUUGGUAACCUCGCGCGGUCCGAUGCUGUGUGCGAAGCCAUGGUUAGAGACCUCAAAAUCCACGAAGAGCUGAUCGGAAUCCUCAACAGUAACGCCCGAGGCGCGGUCCUCCACUCGGCCCUCGGCUUCCUCAAGAACCUAGCAAUCGCCAGCGACAAUAGGCUCUACCUGGGCAGAGCCGGGAUCGUCCCCGCGAUCUCGCAUCUAUGGGGCUACGAAACCGUCCCGCAAGUGCAGCUCGCCGCGACCAGCAUCGCCCGCCAACUGAUCAUCUCAUCCGUCGAGAAUAUCAGUCGACUCCUGGACCAGCCUCCCUCCGCUUCCUCCUCCGGAAACAUCACCCCCGACGCUGAUACUGACAAGAAUCCCGCCGAGUGCAGUCCUACCUACCUUUCUCUACUCCUUGCGUUGUUUGAGAAAACAGACUCUACGCCCAUCAAAACCGAGAUUGGACGCAUAGUAGCCUCCAUUUGUCGGACACUUGUGCGUGAGUCCCGCGAACAAAGCGCACAGGCUACUUCUCUCCUGGGCAGCCUUUUCAGUAAGCAUGAGGGCGUGGCUCUCCCGGUAGGCGCAAUGGUCACUCAGACACAGUGGCCUGUUGUCCGUAGCGAGGCGUGGUUCGCUCUCGCUUUGAUGGCAUCCAGCAAGCCCGGUGCUUCGGCGGUUGUGUACUGCCUGCAGAAGAUUGAUGGGUUUGUAUUGAUUAAGCAGAUUCUGAGUGCAGAGGGGCCUGGUUCAGAUGCAGAGAUAGACAAAGUACAAUGGGCUAAGGAUCGGGAUAACAUGAUUAUCUUGGUUCAGGAGUUGCUGAGGAACGAUCCCGAUACGCUUCCAGAUUCCUGGAAGACGACAAUACAGGAAUUGAUGAGGAGCCAUGUGUCCAAGUACCUUAAACAAGGCGAAUAA